CGAUAGGGAAGCAGCGCGCGAACCGCUGGCGUCGCGACGCUCCGAGAUGAUCGUCGCGCGUCACCACGUAUUCGAGAUGAGAAUAUCGUUGCCUGGCGAUCGUGGUCUCGGCAUCCUUCCAGAAAUCGCGAGAUUCGGCGGUAUAUUUAACAUCCCACGAAAUAAAUCGAGCGUGACGAACACGUGUAUCACGAUAUUUGGAAAACGCGAAAAAAAUGAUCAAAUGAAUCAAUAUCAAAGUUAAAAUAAAAAAAAGACAGAGCGCGUGAUCGCGAGAGAAGGUGCAUCUGACUAGACGAGUGUCAAAGCGUACACGUAUAUAUGCACGCAUAACAGACGCCCUAUAUAAGUGUAUAUAUGUCAUUAUAAAAAGAGUCAAUAAAAAUAAAAUAAGAAAUCGUAAAAAGAACCGUGAUAAAUUAGAAGACAGAUAAUUGCAUAUAGAUAAUCCAUUUUUGUGCGUGUAUCAUAUGUGUGACUAUAUAUAUAUAUAUUUCUUUCUCCGUCAUUAUCAUUUUUUUUUCGUGUGCGUGCUAUUUCUUCGUUUCGCGAAUCCCUCGAGGAUGCGUGAGCUCCAGUAGUUAUAUCGGCCUAAUAUCUAAUAUCUCGCGUCAUCGCGCGCGCAAAGCGUCGCGACGCCGCUAUAUUCCAAGAGAUUCGUUCCGACGAGAAACUUAGUGAUAACGAGACCACCGUCAACCUCAUCGUGACGGAAGAAAUUGCCACGGUUCGUCCGGACUCUUCAACAGGUGGCCGAAAUCGAUCUCGCAUAUAUAUAUGUCGAGAGGAAUGACCGUCGUUCCCCCCAGAAGCGAAAGUUUCGUCGCGACAUGUUAAUUGCCUAACUGUCGCCAUUUCUCACCGAAUAAACAUCAAAGGAACCGGCGAAAUCGAGACUGUGUUGCUGUUAGUAAUAUCAACAAGCAUAUUAUAAUAUUUAUAUAGUGUAGAAAAUAAAUGUAAUUAAAUUCUUGACAUACACAAAUGAUUCUAUCGACGAGACGAUCGAACACGUUUCUAAAAUAUAUUGCUGCCAAAGAACAGAACAAAUUGAUUGUGUGCUAUAAUUCAGAAAUAAGAGUGAGCAUACAUCGAUGUCCUGGGAACGAGCCCUUUGAUAUAAAUAUCUUUGAUAAUAUCAUUGCUCGUCUAUUCAUAAAUCUUCAACAUUUACUCACUGCCACCUUGCAAAUUAAUGGACAAGGAGAAGAAAUCGGUGUUACCUCUAAUAAGAAUCUUUUGUCAUAAUUUACGACGCUUCCCAUUUUCACACGAACUUUACUGAGAUGAUCAUAUUGAUAUUUAAAUAAAAAAUGCAAUGAGAUCAUUAACAAUCUCGAUUUAAAAAAAAGUGAAAAAGUGGAAAAAAUGGAUUUCUUUGAGAUUCAAUGUCACGAUAGAAAGAGAACUGAAUGCAAGAAUUAUGAUCGUACAACGAAAACAUAAUGUUUUUCAUCGAGCUGUCUUGCUAAAUUGUUAACAAAAUCGAAUGCACUUAAAGGAUUAUUUAAGCGAACAUCGGACGAUAGGUGCAACGCGUUCGCAUACGUGUCUGAGAAUAAUCGAUGCGAAGUCAUUUAGCCCCGGCGAGGGAUAACCGCGACGCGAAAUUCAAGCUAAUCUGCUUAUCUCUCGGGCCAUAACUCGCUUAUCUAUCAAAACCUUGUCGCGCGCAAUCCAGCGACAUCGACGUAAAUGAACGAGCUUCAUGAGAAAUUAUUUCACAUCUUCGAGGAUCGAUGAUGCCGCCGAUCGCGAUUACUUUACUCGACUUUGUCAGGACGCACUCUUCCGCUUAACCUCCCGGCUCGCCGAAUCGCAUUAUCGGAGAACGGGACUUCCCCUCGUUGUCCUGGAAAAUGGUCCCAUCCACGCUGGUGCUAUUGAUAUAACGCAUGAUCGAUUCGAGAUAACGACGAGAGAGAAGAGAAUAAGGAGGAAGUAAAAGAGGCGCGUAUUGAUUGCGAUCGGUACUCUUCUUCAGGAUGCACUAUGGUUAACAACACAGAAAUGACGCAAAUAACGUCGGAAUCGUCGGUUGUAUUGGCAAUGCAAAAUUCAUCGGCGUGCAAUUACAGCUAUCCGGAGGACGUUAUCACGUCGAGCGUGACGGUGCAGAUAGUAUUCUGCGCGUUCUACAUCAUCAUCUUCGUGCUGGGUAUUUUCGGCAACGUGCUGGUGGUCUUCGUCGUCGGACGAAAUCGCCAGAUGCACACGGUCACUAACCUCUUUAUCGCGAAUCUCGCACUCAGCGAUGUGCUAUUGUGCGUGCUGGCCGUGCCCUUCACUCCGCUGUACACCUUCCUGGGCGGUUGGGUUUUCGGUGAAACCCUUUGCCAUCUGGUGCCCUACGCCCAAGGUGUCAGCGUGUACAUCAGUACGCUUACAUUGACCAGCAUAGCGGUCGAUCGGUUCCUGGUGAUCAUCUAUCCGUUUCAUCCGCGCAUGAAGAUCGAGAUAUGCCUGGCCAUCAUCGUGAGUAUUUGGGUGAUUGCGCUGGUAGUGACCUUACCGUACAUGCUGUAUAUGCAGCUGGAGGAACCUUAUAACAUUACCUAUUGCGAGGAGCACUGGCCCAGCGAGCCAUUUCGCAAGGCCUUCAGCUCGCUCACCUCGAUAGUGCAGUUCGUCAUGCCGUUCUUCGUCAUCGCCUUCUGCUACGUGUGCGUGUCGAUCAGGCUAAAUGAUCGGGCGCGCGCCAAGCCCGGUAGCAAGACGAGCAAGCGCGAGGAAGCGGAUCGCGAGAGGAAGCGCCGCACCAACCGGAUGCUGAUCGCCAUGGUCACGAUAUUCGGCGUGUCCUGGCUGCCACUCAACAUCGUCAACGUCGUCGAUGAUUUCUACUCGCAAGCCAACGAGUGGUCCUACUACAAGCUCUGCUUCUUCAUGUCGCACUGUCUCGCCAUGAGCAGCACCUGCUACAAUCCAUUCCUCUACGCCUGGCUUAACGACAACUUUCGCAAGGAAUUCAAACAGGUCCUGCCGUGUUUCUCGAGAAACUCUAAUGGUGACAUUCCAAGGAGCAGAGUGGGGUUCAGAGCCGACUUAUGUAACGGUAAUAACACCAUGCAAGAGACAUUGCUGCCGAGCAACACGACGCGAACGCAGAAUCCCGAGGGAUGCGAGAUGAUUAUUCUGGAGCCGACGACGAACAUCUCGAAAGAGCAGGAUCAGCCUUCGAGCUCCUCCAAGGACUUCGACGAUGUGGCUCUGUGAGAGAAAACCCGACAGAAACUUCAAUCAAGCCUGGAAGGUACCGUCAUGUUGCUUUCAUCAUCGCGAUCAAGAGGCUGUCGAUCGGAUAAAUCAAAACGGAGAGGAUGUUUUCAAGAAUAAUACGUUUAUCAUAAAAUCUGUGUAAUAUAAUUGCCCGUACUUGUGUAAACUGUGAUGCAAUUAAAAAUAAUAUUAUAAGCAUUAGAUAAGAGCAUGCAUGUAUCAAGCUAUCGAGCGAUAGGCUUCAGAGUAUAAAGUAUAAAGCAUAAAAAGUGCAAAUAUUAUAAAUGCGUCUUUAUCAAUGGCUUGUUCAUGAUGUAUUUACUUUUAAUCAUAAUAAAUGGCGCAUCUGUAAUA